GUAAUCUACAGCACGAGAGAGAGCUUGACCGCGCUGAAAAAGAAACGUGGCAAAAUUAUUAAAAACGGGUGUUUGCUGAUAUUUUAGACUUUUCAUCUCGAUAGUCUGUGUACAGAACUCUACCCUUAUGUUUGAAGCUACUGUGAUUAUUUCAACCUGGAAUUUGCUGUACAGUAGUCGUGAGCUUUUAGUUAUUGCUCGCUAAUGCAUUAGCAUUCAUUAACAAAUUAGAUGGACUUGGGAGUACUGUAAGCGAAAUCGGCUAGCAGAAGAAGACUUAGCUCAUGUUUCUGUCAUGGGAGCUUCCAGAGUUAAGCCUAAUGCUGAGAGAUGAGCUUACACUGAUAGUGUAAAUGACUGUGCUGGAAAACUUCACUGGCCUUCUUCACUGGACUUUCCUGCUGCCCGCUGAUUCCCGUGGACCGAGAGACUGGUAAAGGAGCUGACACCAUCCUGCACCAUCCUCUUCUUCCUGACUGUGACUAAGGACAGGUGAAAUUCCACGAGGGUUCAAGAUUUUCUUUUUGGAGCCAGUGGCAGAUGCAUAGGACUCUCCUUGACAUCACCAUCGUUGGCGGCCAUCAUUUCUGCUCAACAUUAUCAACCUUCAUCAGAGGACAGCACUGAGGCCCACUGGUUUAUCAUCUAGCAUGAAUGCCUACGCCUGGUCGUGUGGUCAGGUAAUCUUGCAGGUCAUCUACCACGUAGACAACGCCUGUGUAAACGGUUUCGUACGGUCUGAUGUGACACUUGGGUGCCUCUCACCUCCAUUAAAUAUGUCUGGUGUUGAGUGGCAUUAAGUGUUUCAAAGGCAUGGGUGUCUUGUUACAGAACAUGGCAACAUGGACACUUGGAAAUACCAAGAUGUUUUAAAUAAAAGUUUGGUAGCUGUAGUCAAAAAACUAAAAAUGAGUAAUUAUUGUAUACUUUAGCAUGAAAAUGUUUUUUCAUGAUAAAGAAUUUGUUCAUUGUUACGGUAAUCAUCUAGUUGUUCAAAUACAGAAUUUAACAGGCCCCUCUGAGGCCCGACUUCCAUCACUCUGCAAUAUUCAUGCACCCCAGAAGACUUUUACAAUACCCUGCAAAGCCCAUCCAUUUUCUGUCUGACUUUGUAAUGUGUGGUGUUUGUUGGUCUUAGUGUGAUGCUAAGAGAGACAAAUAAAAAGGAACACAGUCCUGAGCAAAAGUCUUAAGUCAUUUAUGUAUUUUGCUUGACCUCGUCCAGAAGGUCUAAUUUUAUAAAGGAGUGUUGGGAAGGGUAUUUUCAUGCUUUUUAUAUAUCUAAUCUAAUAUAUCAGAUUUUUGUGGUUAAAAUGAGGCUUGAUAAGUAAGAGGUGCAGUGCCAUCAACUGGUGUGAUUAGUAACUGCAUCAAACUAAAAUGGCCUCUCAGAAGAAGUAGCAGAUUAACAAUUACUAUAGAUAAAAACAAUUAGAAAAUUUUCACCACCCUAAAGUUGUAUUUAUUUAUUUAUGUAAAUUAUUCUCAGCAACUGACUUUGAUUUGUCCCAAUGGCUGCCUUUAACACCAUUAGUCUGGAGAUACGCUAUGAACACAAACCACCUUGUUAACAACUGACAGAAAAAUGUGUAAAGCCUGUUUAUCACAUUUGUUUGCUAUAGUAGACUCACUUACUCUGGAAGAAAAAAAAAUCCUGGGCAAUGACUGAGAUGAAAAAUUGGUCAUUGAAUGUUGAAUAAGUGUUGAAAUGUUAAUCCAUAUUUUCUUUUACUUCUUUAAAUUUAUGAAAUGGGUUUUAACCUCUAGUUAAUCAGUGAGACUGCAUAUACAAUUGCGACUUGUCUAAAAUGUUCCUCCCACAGUUUAUCCAACUCUGAUUGGUCAACUGGUGCACUACACAAAAAAACACUGGUGCCUUUAAACCUGUAAGAUAAUGCAGUCUUUAAAAUUAGCAACAAAAUGUUUCACAGGAAAUCAUGUUGGUAGUGACAGCAUAUGAAGUGACGUCUUUAAAUACUGAUACACCAAGUUAACAUCCUGUUUUACUUUAUAUGAAGAGAUCAUGUUCACUCAAAAAGGAAGCAUAGUGUGGUUUUAAAUGGAAAAUUAUAUUGCAUCAUAUGUUUCGGUUUGAGUCAUUGAAAAGCAUGCAUUUGUUUAACAGUGGGAUUGAAAGGGUGUCAUACAUUAAGACUUUAGACACAUUAGUUUGCUUUUCUGAAGUCUGUCUCACAUCGAGAAUCAAAUUACCAUCAUUCUGCUGCUGUUCUUACCACUUUCUUCCACAAUCUAAUUUCCCAUUUGAUCUCAAACCUUGAUUAUAUCAGUCAGCCAUUUUCUACCGCUUCUUCCAUAACAGGUCGCAGGGAAGCUGGUGCCAAUCUCCGUUACUCUACGGGUGGGAGGCGAGGUACAUCCUGGACAGGUCGCCAAUCCAUCACAGGGCAACACACAAACAACCAAGCACACACUCAUUCACACACCUAAGGGCAGGCAUGUCUUUGGACUGUGGGAGGAAGCCGGAGUACCCGGAGAGAACCCACGCAUGCACGGGGAGAACAUGCAAACUCCAUGCAGAAAGACCCCUGGCCAGCAGAAAAUACAAGUCAAUGAGGUAGAAGAGGUGAAAGGCAAUGUUCUCAUGUGCUAUGAGGAAUUAAAAGAUGUGAGGAAAAGCAUUUUGAGAUGCUAUGAGGAAGUCACACCUCCACAAACCUCAUGGGCUGUGUAAUGUAUUCAUAUUUGAAAAGAAGCCGCUUUACAGCCUCAGUCAGUUGUGAAUGUAGAACGAAACAGAAGCACAAUGCUUUCAUUUGGAUGGAUUUUAAUGUCUUUAUUUCCUAUUCUGAUGCAUCAGUUCACAGGAACAGCUGGGCAGGAACGAACUUUCUUCAGUGUUAAAGUUGGUGAUGCAGUCACUUUACCCUGUGCAAAUGUGAAACAAGAGAAACUUAACUGUGACAGAAUCACAUGGCAGUACAGUCAGCCAGGAAACAGAAACGUAUCGUGGUUCGAACGAGGGAGCUUCACAGAAGAAGCCAGAGCUAAAUCAAGCAGACUGAGUGUUACAGCAGACUGCUCUUUGCUCAUAAAUGAUAUCACAGCAGAUGAUUUUGGUCAAUACUUAUGCAGAAGGAACCUAACAGACCAAAAGCACGACCUCAUGAAGGUUGAUCUGUCUGUAAUUACCAUGACUGAACAGAGAAACAAUGAGCAAGUCACCUUUAACUGCUCUGUGUCAAGAUAUACCUACUGCAGACACAAAGUGGUGUGGCUGUUUGAGGGUAAAGAGAAAAUAUCCUCAGACAUGAACGUAUCAGCUUCCUGCUCCACAGCUGUCACAAUCUCAACAUCUCAUCUUCAUCAGAAUUCAUCACAAGAGUUUUAUAAGUUAUUGAAGUGUAAAGUAACUGAUGGAUACAAUAAAAAAUAUUUUCUGUUCACCUUCAGCCAUCAGUCAUCAGUGGAGAAAACAGGUUCUAGUUGGUGGAUUGUUCUUGUGUCUGCGGUGAUAGCAGGACUCUUAACAGCUGUGAUGGUAGCCAUCAGGUGGAAGAAAACUAAAGGACACAAAGGGCAGAUUGAAGAAAGAACUCAGGCCAACACUAAGGAGGAUGUUUCUUAUGCAUCUGUUAGGUUCUCCAAGAAGACCAAGAAAAAAAGCAAGCUGAGUGCUCCAAUCGCUGAAACUGUGACCUACAGCACUCUGAAUGCUUCUUCUCCUUCCUCUGCUGUCAUCUGAAGAGCCUCUUUUCCACUGCCAAGAACAGAAGUAUUGCCCAGAAAAAGCAAAGUUUUUCUUCCAUUUGGAUGCUGUGGAUCUGAGUCCAGUAGCUUAAUUCUGAUAAUUUCUGCUUGUUUGAUGCCUAAACUGCCUGCAGUCUGCGUUUAGCUCAAGAUCCUUCACUGCCUAAACAAAAGGAAGAGACUCUUUCUAUAGGAGAAGAGAAAAAUAGGAGGAGCAGAGAUAAGGUGUGCUUUGCUUUAAAGUCCCAUCCUCUCACUCAAACAUUUAAUGCAUUUAGAAAGCUUAUUUGUAAUUAUAUAUGCAUUUUUCUAAAAUGCAGGUGUGUGUUUAUUUUUUAGCAAAAUCAUGUAUUCAAUAGAACUGUGGUGUAUUAUUGGUGGGCAUUAGUUCUAAUAAAUAUUGUCUGAGUAA